UAUAGCUCAACUCCUGACCCUGCUGGCCUUCUAAUUAACUUUAACCAGUAACAGUUUUCACCUUGUUCAUUGCUUGCGCUACAAGCUGGUGAUGUUUGAUUGUUCCUUUGGUAUUAACUCGAACUUAUUUGAAUGAUUAUUUGGUUUGCAAAUUAAUAUUCUGCAUAUGGUUUGAGUGCCUUUCAUUACAGUCCUGCGCAAGAAAGCACAGAAGUUUGAAUUAAAAGGGUUACAGAAGCAUAAAGUAACCAUGGGAUACAUACCUGCACUUGAGGAAAUACUUCAUGAGAUUCAUGUCACUAAUCUUCCAAAACCUAGUGAUUAUGACAAUCGGAAAGAUUUGGUUCGUGUCUUCAAUGAAAUAGCCAAGGAAAUCUAUGGUAAUUUUUUGUACAUAACUUCACUAAACCAUAUACUUCCUCAAUGCAUACAUGCUAUGUCAUUUUCAUAUUGCUAG